AUGGAAAAUAACGAUAAACCCAUACCCAAGUACAACAAUGAAAACUCCGAGAUUCCCAACAACUUCGAUCCAAAGAGUUACAACCUCAGUGGCAAGAUCAUGCUCUGCGCCAUAGUCCUUCUUUUCUUCGUCAUCGUCUUAAUGCUGUGUCUCCAUAUUUACGCCCGCUGGUACCUUCUCCAAUCUCGCCGCCGACGUAACCGUCUCCGCCGUCGCAGUCAGCUGGUUUUCUUCACCGACAAUCCAACAACCACCGUCUCCGUCGCUACAACUCAGGGCCUUGAAGCCUCUGUAAUCGCUAAACUACCGUUAUUCUUGUACGAUCCGAAGGCUCACCCGGAAAACGCCAUGGAAUGCGCCGUAUGUUUGUCGGAGUUUGAAUCCGGAGAACCGGGUCGGGUUUUACCCAAAUGUAACCAUAAUUUCCACACCGAAUGUAUUGACAUGUGGUUUCACUCUCAUUCCACGUGUCCACUUUGUCGUGCACCGGUUGAGUCCACAUUCGAAUCACAGCCCGAGUUUGUUAUAACGGUUUAUGAACCGGAAUCCGGUUCGGGUUCUAGUUCGAGUCACGGUUCGGGUUUGGAAAACGAGAAUUCGAACCGAACCGGGAAAGAGGUUUGUUCGAGUUCGGUUGGGUUAAGAAAGCCGUCUUUUACGGAUGUGGCGGUUGAGGUGCCUACGAGAAACAACGAAGGUUUUCGAGACGAGUCUUGUGACUCGCCGUCGUCGUUUCGGUCGCCGAUGAGUCGGAUGUUGUCGUUUAAGAGAAUUCUUAGUAGGGAUUGGAAAGGAAGCGUUUCUCCGUCGUCGUGCGGGGGUGGUGGUGGUUGUAGCUCGGUGGCUGAGUUGAACUUGAAGGUGGAACAAGGUGGACGAGGUGAGACUCAGUGA